AUCACGGGAUAGACGACCGAUCGCGUCAUUAAUCCGUGUAGAAGUGAGAAAUAAUACGUGAUACUUUGGACUUCGGCCCAGGGGGGAAUUUUUUUGUCUUCACUUCCUGAUAAUUCCACGUUCCAUUAUCUCAGAGAAAACUACCUGGUAAGGCCUAUACUGUAGUAUCAACAGAUGGCCAGCUUGGAAGCAGCCAGGGCUCAAGGAGUAGCAAAGGCAUCAUGGAUGCUGCGGAGAAGUGACAUCCUGUGCCGAUGGAAGCACUGUUUCUGCGUGCUGUUCAGAAACGGCAGGCUCACCUACUACAAGGACGAGACUCGAAAGGAGGAGCAAGGCACUGUCAAGAUAACCAUCAGUUGCUAUCUCAUCAACGUUGGGGCAGAGGUGAAAGAUGCAUCCCCCCCACCAGGCAAGGAUAUCAGCUGCCUCCUGGAACUGAGGACCCAUGAGGCCAACUUACUGUUCUGCACUGACUCUGUUGACGACAGCCAAGCCUGGAAAGCUGCCAUUGUGGAGGUCAAAAACUCAACUGCGCACCCUGCUCAGCCCCCUGCUGUGGCCCCGCCUCAAGCUCUGGCCCCUCCCCCCGUCAUGGCACCUCCGCCUUAUACACCACAGCCUGCCCCUGUCGUGGCAGUGGCCCCGCCCCCAUACACUGUCACCCAGGUGGCAACCCCAGCCAACCACGUCGUCGUCAACCCAGUAGGUGGAGCAACCACUUACACGACCUAUCAGGUCCCAGCCAACCAGUACGUGAUCCCGCCAGCGAAUCAGACGGUGAUUGUGAAUGGAAGGCGAGUGGUGCGCAGCUAUCCAGUCCAGAGUACGGUGUACGCAUACCCAGGACAGACCUGCAUGUACACAUGCCAGCCAUCGCAGACCACAGUAGUCUACCGUCGAUGAAAGAAUUCAAGAGAGGCUGGAGGGUUGAGGAGCUUUGUCUGCAAGAGUACCAUUCUUUGAUAAUAUUGGUUAUCUUAUAAACUUAGUUAAGUAUCUGUUAGGUGGGCUACCUCUCUCAUCAGGAGCACGUGCUGUUUUUCCCCGGAAAAUGCCUGAAUCACCAGACGUCUCUCAAAGGAUUUGGGAACUUCUAGCUGUUCUCUCGUGUACAAGGAUCCUAUCUGUAAAAAUGAGGUUUCAAAUGGUAUUAAGCUUAUAUUUGCUUCCUCAAGACCGGACAAUUCUGAAUAGAGGUUGAAAUUGAAAGGUGACCAAGGAGCACUCAGAGGACAUGUUUUUCUUCAGGUUUCUGGAGAUACUUGUAAAGGUUUCAGGCUGUUCGCUGUCUGUGAAGGGCUCUCGUUCUUCGUGCUAUGUGUUUUGGCAGCUGUCUGGAAGUGUCUGGUUUUGAUGAUGUUUAUCGAGGAACUUUAUUUCCAUUCUUUCCUGGAAGUCAUUUUUUGGCUUUCAGACACACUCAGAAAUGGUUCAUGCAAAGCUGAAGAUCGUGUUUUGCAACAUAAAAGUGUAGUCACAGGAAAGGAGGGAAAUCUGUCUUCAUUUUGAAAAGGAUGUGCAGAUACCUGAUGGGCACUUAUGAAUAGAUUUUGCCAGCUGAAAUUGUAGAAUCUUUGCUGCAUCAUCACCAAGUGCAUCAGAAUCAACCAAUUGAUUGAAAAGUUGGCCAGUUCCAUCGACAAUCUUAUACGCGCUAAAUAUUAAGCAGAAGCUAUAACAUGAAUUAUGUCUUAUAUGUGAUAUAAAAGUACAUUGCUUGUACAUGCUUUGGCGGUGCUUUCUUGGUAAUAGCUGAUCAUACAAAACAGUUUCCUUGUUAUAGUACAAUUAACCUGAUUUUUGAAAAUGGUUUUGAUUUGUAAGGAGCGUAAAUGAAAAAACACUUGUUUCAGUGCAUCAAAGUGUCUGUCUUGGGGCCAAGUCUUUGGUGAUAUUUCGUUGGGAAAUAUUGCAUUGAUGUUUAUUAUAAUAAUCGGGACUUACUUUCUCAAAAAUUCUCAUGUAAAUGUCAUGCUUUCAUCUGAAUCGACACAAAAUCAUGAAAAACAAGAUUUUAUGGAAUGUGAAGGAAUUGGUGUUGGAGAUUAUUGUUGCUGUAAAUUAAUAAAAUAUAAUUAUUUUCAAAUAGGAUGAGAAAUAUUGAGGAAUAUCGUUUAUAAUAGCGCCUAAUUUGUAGUGGAAAAAAACUGCAAAUUUAAGAAUUUGUCUAUUUGUGCAAAUGUAAUGUAUUAAGUGCAGUUGUUCAGAAAGUAGGAUCGAAUCCUCAAGCUGUGUGAAAUGUACAUGUAUAUAGACGUCAGCUGACAAUCGCCUUGAAAGCAGAGAACGUAAUAAGUAGUUUAUAAUCUGUGGAAUUAUGGAUGAACACAUCACAUGAUCCCUUGAUUUAAGAUGUAAUACGCUUUUGUCUCUUUUAAGCCUUAACCCCGUAGGUGUAUGUAAAAUUAUAUUGAAAUUGGAGGAUUUGGAACUGUCAGGGCCAUUCUCGUUGAUCGAGUGAAAUUUUCCUGUGUGGAAUGUCAAGCGGUAAAAUCACUCGAGCACUGGAAUUGUUUAAAACUACUCCUUUUGUUCACUGCAGAUUUGUAAAAUGAAUAUUUGAUUAUGCCAAGUAGGCGUCUUACAAUGUUUAACCAUCCCUUGUUAGUGCAGCUUGCUUUGAUGAUCAACAAAGGUGAAAGGACAGAUUAAAAUAUUUGAAUAACAAAAA